GUUUCCUAGCGCUUUCGCCAUAGAAAAACAGGAUAUUUCUGGAGUCUCGAAAAAAUUUGCUUUAAAUAAGCAAUAUUCCGGCCCACAUGUGAAUUAAAGAAAAAAAUUUAAUCUUUACAGCCAUCGUGGAGUAAUCAGAUUACGCCAACAAUUCCAUCAAAAUUCUUCAUAACCCAGAUGAAAUUAUCCCCCUUUCCUCUAAAUUCACUAUCAAUUUGUCUUCCUCAACCCUAAAUAUCCAAUCUUUACUGCAAUUUCAUCAAUCAGUCAAUUUGGAGAAUCUGAGGGCAACCCUCUCUCGAUUCCCCUUUAUUAUCCGACACCCAUUUCCUAUUUUCACUCUACAACGCGGAAGUUAUCGUCUGUUUUUUUUUUCUUCCUCAAAAAACUCGAAAAUUCAAUUAGAGUCCACUUAGAUUUUCUUUUGUCUUCUCCAAAUUCAUGUCCCAUAUUUCAUUGUACACCAAUAAGUAUCUUCUACAAAGUGUUGUUUAGCUUAUCUCUAGUUGAUUCCUCAAAGAUUCUGCUAUGGCUGCUGCUCUGAGGUCAAAGUCAUCGAGAGAUACAGCUUCAGUUGCUGUCUCACAGUUCAGAUACUUCAUCCAGACCCAUAUGCACGCGGGUCGGGCCAAGCAUUUCCAGUGGAGCUCCGUUUUCGACAGCAAUUAUCACCGGAGUUCGAAUUUGCUAUUCCACUCCAGUUUCAGCUUCACCCCAUUCAAGCCCCUCUCCCUGCGCAGCGAGUACAUCGGUAGCGGCAACAAUACAUCGUUAUUCUUCAAGAAUGACAAGAGAAUUGAGAAUUUUAGCUCUCAGGGCGAGCCGCCGGAGGUGUGGCAGCCACCGGGAGGAGGGGUUGAUGGGGUCGUGGUGAGGCCAGGGGUCAAAUUCAUUCAAGUGGGGGAUAAUGAUGGCUCCAAUUCUGGCUCGGGUGGAGGGUUUGGACAAGGCCAGAAAGACGGGUGCUGGGGCGGGUCGAACCUCGGGUCCGGCUUCCCAACCCCGAAGGAGAUAUGCAGAGGUCUUGACAAGUUUGUGAUUGGCCAGGAGAGAGCUAAAAAGGUUCUUGCUGUAGCUGUGUAUAAUCACUACAAGAGAAUAUAUAGCGACUCCUCGCAGAGGCCUACUGGGAGUGUAGAUGGUAACAGACCCGACGGGAAGGAAAAGGAAAAUGAGAAUGUUGAACUGGAGAAAAGUAACAUUCUUUUGAUGGGGCCAACAGGUUCAGGGAAGACACUACUCGCCAAAACUUUGGCACGGUUGGUGAACGUUCCCUUUGUAAUAGCUGAUGCAACUACACUUACUCAGGCAAGAUAUGUUGGGGAAGAUGUUGAGUCCAUUUUAUACAAGCUGCUUACGGUUGCAGACUAUAAUGUUGCAGCUGCUCAGCAGGGCAUAAUUUAUAUUGAUGAAGUAGAUAAGAUUACCAAAAAGGCAGAGAGCCUAAACAUUAGUAGGGAUGUAUCUGGGGAAGGUGUCCAGCAAGCGCUAUUGAAAAUGCUUGAGGGGACUGUGGUCAAUGUCCCAGAGAAGGGUGCUCGGAAGCAUCCAAGAGGGGAUAAUAUUCAGAUUGACACGAAAGAUAUUCUCUUUAUAUGCGGCGGUGCCUUUAUUGACUUGGAAAAAACAAUCUCAGAAAGACGUCAUGAUUCUUCUAUUGGGUUUGGUGCUCCUGUACGGGCUAAUAUGAGAACAGGCGGUGUUACAAGUGCUGCUGUAACAUCAUCCUUACUAGAAACUGUUGAGAGUAGCGAUCUUAUUGCAUAUGGGCUAAUACCUGAGUUUGUUGGGCGAUUUCCUAUCCUUGUGAACUUGUCAGCACUUACUGAGGAGCAGCUCGUUCAGGUUCUAACGGAGCCCAAAAAUGCGUUAGGGAAGCAGUAUAAGAAAAUGUUCCAAAUGAAUGGAGUGAAGUUGCACUUCACAGAGGAGGCAUUGAGAUUGAUUGCUAGGAAAGCAAUAACCAAGAACACUGGAGCUAGGGGUUUAAGAUCGAUGUUGGAGAACGUUUUGAUGGAUGCAAUGUACGAGAUACCCGAUGUCAGAACCGGAGACGACAUAAUAGACGCAGUCGUGGUAGAUGAAGAGGCGGUUGGAUCAGAAGGACGUGGGUGCGGGGCCAAAAUCCUUUACGGCAAAGGGUCAUUCAAGCGCUACUCUUCACAGGCGACUCCGGCAGAAACGAGCGAAGGGGAGGGCGAGGCCGAGGUCGAGGCGGAGCAAGAGCUUCCUUCCAUCGCAGCAUUGUAAACUUGGGCCAGUUCCGACAUGUACAGCAUAUAAUAAAACUUGACUGAAUAUUUAUUUAGGAGAUGUAGCAAACUUGUUUCUUAUUUGAUGUACUUUAUACAUGUAAAUGGAAGGAAUGAUGUGAUGAUGCCUCAUUCUCUUACAAACAUGAAUAUGGUACCUAUUUUAAGUUACGAGGCCGAGGCCAUGCCAUCAUCGGAA